AGAAUAAAGUUAGUUAUUAUAAAAUGCUGCUGAUUUACUAAGUUACGAUCAGGAUUAUAUUUUAUUACAAAAAAGAUGGAAAUUGCGGACAAUAGUAGAGGUUCAAUCAACCGAAAACCGAAGUUUGUUGAAAUUCCUUCCGUGCCAACUUCCGACCACGGCUCCGGUACCAGCAGUGCUUCCUCGACAUCCAAACGUCAUGAAGACGUCACGCUGACGUCAGCGGAUGAGGAACCAGACCCAGCGUUAAUGGCGACACUUGGUUUAUUUUUGGGAGAUCAGAGAGUAAGCCAUGUGAAGACGACCAGUCACCACCAUCCACUGUUAAGUCAAACAAAUAUCAUUGGCAACAACAACGAUAUUAAGAAGAAACAAACCACCAGCCCAGCUUCUACUUUGUCGGAUAAAGGAAUCGGCAGUAGCGUUGGUUCAUUCGAUUCCGAGUUUCGUCAUACUAUGUCACAGUACCUUCCUACGUCAUCAAACCCCCCUUACGACGUCAGAUCCGGUUCGUUAGACUCCCGAACACACGAGCUUGCGUAUUCCAUGGAACAACAAGCACCCAGCCACACGAGAAGCUCUUCUGACAUCAUAAUCACUGACGCAAACGUUGCAAAGACCAGUGUUACCCACCCCAAACUAGCGGAGCAGUCUAGCGUUCCCUUGUGGAACUCUGAUCCUCGCCGUGGUUCCAAGUCAGCAUCACUUACAUCACAACCACGGCCACGAAGACCAUCAACAAGGAGACAACGACCAAGUAUCAGCAACAGUGAUGCAAACUCCAUAGAACGAGCUGAGACGAAUGACAAACACAAGCUGCCACAAUUAUGUCGCGACUCCCCUGGCCACUCCACUCGUUCAAGCGUAUCAUCGUCACGCUCUGUUACUCCGGCAGUGUCAGUUUGCGAGAUGACCACAGCAUCUGGGAACAAGAACUUUCCGAAGAGCAAAUCUAAUAGCCCUACAGAACCUCUUCCACCACCACCUCCACCUCCUCCUGAAGAGAAUGGUCAUUAUGACAUCACAAAUGAACUUCCACCACCUCCUCCCCCUCCUCCUGUGGAGCAAAGCCUUCCCCCACCACCUCUGCCUCCUAAAAAUAAAACUCCCCAGCAAGUACAUAGCAAUGCAGGUUUGGCAAGACAGAAUUCUUUAAUAUCAAGAAAACCAGACCCUCCUGCCUACCAACACCAAAACCAACAACAUCAGUCUUACAUAAAUGACUUCCCACCGCAGUUUCAUCUACAAGCAGACGAAACAAAUAGUACUGCCAGUUCAACUUUAAAGAGCCGGAUACGCUUGUCAUCAGACUCUACCACUACCACAGUUGUAAACGCAUUGGAAUGUAAUGACAGAGUUGGACAAAACGCAAAACGCGUGUGGAGCCAAGACCAAAGGCGAGAGGUCCCAGUCCCAAUGUCCCACGCCCCUCUCACGCCCUCCAUGUCCACAUCAGCACUUGGACGUACAGAAUCUACAGGAAGGUUAAUGCACCACCACCACCACCACCAUGCUGCUGCACGUAAACCAGCUCAUGGGAGUACAAGUGCGUUAUGGGAAGCUGCAAGACCCCACUCACUCUCAGCUCCAACCCCAUAUCCUAACCAGACUGAGCCUGCAUCUAAUGACAGAAACACCCCGUCCCCCAACACAUAUGAUGAUGGCACCUUUAGUAGACAAAGCAUGAAACGAUCGUCAACAAGAUCCAACCCUGGUGAUCGAAGGAGACCGGAUCCUAAAGCUGUUCGUUUUGCUCCAUACCGCCACCCAGAGGUCACCUUGCAACCGUUGGCUUUCGAUAUUUCACUAGCUGUCGCAAGUGAAACCAAGUUUGUUGGACGGGAAUGGGUGUUCAGUGAAACCUUGGUUGCCUUGACAACCAAUGACUUAAAAACAAACAAAGGAGUGAUCAUAACAGGUGCAGCAGGACAUGGAAAAACUGCUCUUAUUGACCAUUUGGUAUCGUUUAGUUACCAUGGUAGCAAGAAACAAGGAUUCUCUACACUGCGAUCUGAGUCUGAUACCAUGCAACGUCUCAGCCAUUCUGCCGCCAUGGUUAGAAGCUCAAGUCCUCUAUCUAACUCCAGGCAGUUCUACCACCCUGGCACCAACAACAGUCAUCUUAUUGUUGGUUCCAACCACUCAAGCCGUACCAACAGCCCAGCGUUCGGUAGCACAGCAAGCAGUAGAGCUGGCAGUCAAUCUUCCCUGACAGAAGAUAAUUGUAGGAAACUAGCAUCACAGGUUGUUGCUUUCCACUUUUGCCAGGCAGAGAACAAUUCAACAUGUUAUGUACCUGAGUUCCUACAUAGUGUGGCAGCUCAACUAAGCCAAGCUCCACAACUAACAUCAUACAGGGAGCUCCUACUUAACGAGCCACACUUACAGAACAUACUUAGUAUAAGAAGCUGCAUACAAAACCCAAUCCAAGCUUUUAGCAAAGGAAUUGUUGAGCCUUUAGUUCGACUGCGCAAAGCCAACAAGCUUCCACGUUCGAACCUCGUAAUAGCGAUCGACGCACUCAAUGAAGCCGAAUUAUAUCGACCCGACUAUGGACUCUCUAUUUUUACGUUCCUACAGCGCCACCUACAGGAUUUCCCUGACUUUUUAAAAGUGGUCGCGACCCUAAGAACUGAGGAUCGAAAUUUGGCCGAAAACCUUCCUGUUAGUUUUGUAUCACUGGAUGGUGAUACCGCACACAUAGUGCGAGACUCUCAACUAUAUAUUAACCAUCGCAUCUCAAGCUCACAAGCGUUGUCUAACUUAACGCUAUCAGGAAAAUCCGAUCCUACUGUAACGCAAAAGCACCUUGGACAACACCUGAUUAAAACUUCGAAAGGAAAUUUCCUUUUUCUUCGUCUUACUCUUGACCUCAUAGAGAAAGGAUCCAUUGUUCCUAAAAGUUCUGGUUUCAAAGUCAUUCCCGUCAGUGUGCAUGAGGUGUUUCUCCUGAUGUGCAACUUGCGUUUCAUGAGUUACACAUCAUUCGAUGAUGUGCGUGAUGUCAUCGCUGUUGCUCUUGCUUCACUUUACCCCCUGAAAGACGAUCAUAUUUAUCAGGCCAUAUGCAGUGGUUUGCCUCCCAACCAACUACCGAGGGCGAAGUUCAAAUCACAGAUGGACAUGUUGUCCGAGCUGUUGGUUCUAGCUCCCUCAGGUGGGAGAAUAUUUUUCCAUUCGUGUUUCAGAGAAUGGCUGUUGGAUCAAACACACCAAGUACAAAAAACAGGAACAUUGCAAUCUUCAAGCAAGUUCCGUGUUGAUGUCAAACGGGGUCACGCUUUGUUGGCCACAGUGUUAUCCCUUCAACCCCCGACCCGAUUGCAUAAACACGCCACGCUCGAGUUAGCACACCACGUGCUCAAAGCUGGAAUGUUCAAGAACCAAUCAAAGCAAUCAGGUAUGAGCUCCUCAGAGCAAAACGCAAGCUUUAUGGCAAGAAGUAGCCAGCAGCUCACCGAAGCUCUAUCGUCAUUGAGGAAUCUAUUCUUCCCAAAUAUGAAGGUGAGCAAGCUACUUCUAAGAUCUGGUGCAAACCCUAACACGCCAACAGAAGUCUUCAGUAACGCAACACCCCUAUCUGUUGUUGCACAUACAGGCUGCAUUGAACUUGCAACUCUGCUUCUUAUGUUUGGUGCUGACGUCAACCAACCAGCCACCAAUGGGAUGGCGGCUCUCACCUUUGCUGCGGCUGCUGGGAGACACCAAGUGGUAGAUCUGUUGCUACGAUACAGACCAGCGUUGAACCAAGUUGACCAGAACGGCCAAACUGCGCUGUUGCACGCCAUCUUGCGAGGCCACGCUGACGUAGCCAAGCUGUUACUGACAUGUGAUCUGUACGCUUCACAACAACAUCGUAACUUUGCUGCACAGCAAGCAGUCGUUGCAGCAGCUACCAUUGGAGACAUGAAGUUGAUCCAGUAUCUACUCCAACACGAUGCCUUCCAAUGCGAUGUAAACGCUGUUGAAGCAACACACGGGGAAUCUCCAUUAACGUCAGCGGCCGCUCAUGGAAAAUCAAGCGUUUGUGAAUUUUUGAUUAGAAACACAAAAGCUAACGUUGAGGCAAGGAACAAAAGUGGAGCCAAUGCUCUGCUGUGCGCAGUCAAACAGGGAGAAUGGGACACAGCUGACUUAUUGCUCAACCUUGGAGCAUCCCUGGAGUCCCGUGAUCCAGCAGGGAAGACACCUCUCAUCACAGCAUCGUGUAACGGACAUCUAGGAGUGUUGGAGCUUCUACUAUCCCGAGGUGCAAGUGUGGUAGCUGCUGACAGGGAAGGACUCACUGCUCUUAGUUGGGCUGCAUUACAAGGCCAUGCACCUUGUGUUCGAUCAUUAGUUGAACGUCAUGCCAACGUAGCUCACCGUGACGCAAGUGGUCGAACUGCACUUGACCUCGCAUCGUUCUAUGGUGAUCCACAGAUUGUUGAUCUUCUGUUGGACGCUGGGUCAGAUAUAAGUCACGUGGAUGCGAGUGGUAUGUGUGCACUGGACCGUGCGAUUGGUUGUCAGAACAUCGCUGUGGUGUCAAGGUUGCUACGUCGUGGAGCAGAGAUUGCGCUGACCUCAUGGGCAAUGUCGAGCGGCAAAGCUGACGUCACGGCUGUAUUGUUAAACAAAAGUUUAGAGGAUGGCAACACAUUAUACAAGGCGUUUGACUUUGUCAGUGCGAGUGAGAUUUAUGCGAGGGCACUCAAACAUAUUGGGGAGCUAUCCACAUCAAGGCACGACCGGCCGCAACAACACGGCAAGAUGGCUGACCUUUCAGCCCAUCUUCUACUCGGUUAUUCCAGGUGUCUGAGGAAACUCGGCGAUUUAGAUGGCGCUGAAUCCAGUGCUACCCGAGCGUUAGAGCUGAAGCCACUUUGGCACGAAGCGUUGUAUGCAAGGGCCCGUGUUCUACGUGAAGCAGGUCGUUUAAACGCAGCCUUAUGUGACGUCAUUGAGGCAGAGAAGACUGCUCCUCCUCAUAAUAUGAAGGAGAUAAGAAGGUUGAUAGAGAGGAUAAAAGAGGAAGUUAGAAGAGGCGUAAGCAAGAACUCCCGUCCACCAUCCACUACAUCAGAGAUGAAUAUUCCUCACCGAUCCAGAGUCAACUCUACAUCUAGUUACCAUGGUAACAGAAGCCGUGGUGCUUCACCUUCGGAAAUGUCACGUUCUUUCCAAGCACCACGGACCGAGCAACAGCGACAGUUGAACCCCUUGUACACAGGCAACCCUGGACAAUUAGGCAGGGGCAAUUCCCAGGAAAGUCUCGCCGAAUCCAUGUUAAGCUUAUCUUCGUAUGAACCUUCUAGAUCAAGGCGGGACUUGAGCAGUGUAAGUCGGCGAGCCCCUCCACGUACAAACCCACAUUGGAGGCCACGCGUUCCUGAUUUUCACCGUUCCUAUUCAGAAGACCACCGAGCCCCUAACCCCACCUACCCCCAACAUGGUGACCGACGUCAUUUUGAUGAUGAUACCCGAUCGCUCUGUGCUGAUGUCGAUCACGUGACUUUGGACGGGUGGUCGUCGCACCCUACAUACAAUGGUCCGAUUCAAAAUGGCUACCGUUACCAGGCAACGGAACCAGCGCGAACCUCUUUUGUCACAAAUCUGUAACGGGUGAAUUCUUCAAUUUUUUACCGAAUCCCAACUUUUACAUUUUUUUUGGUGCAAAGCGUGAGAAUCACGAUAACUUUUAAUCAUGAAUCGAUAGUGUUACUGUAAGCUACUGUUGCAACGUUACAACAGACAACUUUUUAUUCUCGCUGCUUAACUUUGUGCACACUGUUACCGUACUGUACAUAUUUUUCACUUUUACAAUCAAUUUACAAUAAUGUUAAUUUAUUAAGUCCCUGCGACGUCGGGCUAAUCGUGACCGAACACUGCCCUCUGUGACGUCAUACACCCACCUAUUCAAUGCAAUGAUAUGUGGGUUUGGAUUUUUAAGUUUCAUGUUUUAUGUCUUUCGUUGUCGUAGGCGAAAUUCUAGUUUGUCUAUUCGUAAGACAUUUGGUCUAUUGUAUGUAUGUCUUGUUAAAUUCACAAUUUAUAAAAUUCACUAUGUUUUGGCGUUGACUCACUGGAAUAAUUCAAUAAACUCAACGCAAUGAAAUUAA